AAUGGCCCGAACCAAGCAGACUGCCCGGAAAUCCACCGGGGGGAAGGCCCCCCGCAAACAGCUGGCCACCAAGGCCGCCCGGAAGAGCGCUCCCUCUACCGGUGGGGUGAAGAAGCCUCAUCGCUACAGGCCCGGCACCGUGGCGCUGCGGGAGAUCCGCCGCUACCAGAAGUCCACCGAGUUGCUCAUCCGGAAGCUGCCCUUCCAGAGGCUGGUGCGGGAGAUCGCCCAAGAUUUCAAGACAGACUUGAGGUUCCAGAGCGCGGCCAUCGGCGCCCUGCAGGAGGCCAGCGAGGCGUACCUGGUGGGCCUGUUUGAAGACACCAACCUGUGCGCCAUCCACGCCAAGAGAGUCACCAUCAUGCCCAAAGACAUCCAGCUGGCCCGCCGGAUACGGGGGGAGCGAGCUUAAGCGCCAGGCGGUUUUUAUGGUGUUUUGUAGUAAAUUCUGUAAAAUACUUCGGUUUAAUUUGUGACUUUUUUUGUAAGAAAUUGUUUAUAAUAUGUUGCAUUUGUACUUAAGUCAUUCCAUCUUUCACUCAGGAUGAAUGCGAAAAGUGACUGUUGACAGACGUCAGUGAUGUGGGCACUGUGGCUCAGGCGGGACAAGUUGCUGAUCCGCAGAAGGGAUGGGUGAUCACUUCUUGCUUCUCAUGAUGCAUGUUUCUGUAUGUUACUGACUUGUUGGGUAGCUAUUAAGGUACUAGAAUUGAGAACUGUGUACAGGGUCCUUUUGCAAUAAAACUGGUUAUGACUUGAUCCACGUGUUUAACAAUUGGGGCUGUUAAGUCUGACCAAACAUCACUGUGAUAGAAAUGUGGGCUUUUCCAAGGGGGAGGAUCCAGGUCUUAACCACAGUGUAACCUACCGUUUCCUAAAAAAACAGUAAACCUGGCAGCUAUAGAAUACACUAUGUGCAUUUAUAAUAGCUAUUUUAUAUAUUGUAGUGUCGACAUUUUUAAAUUAAAUGUUUUACAUUUACA